AUGACCGUAAUUUGGGAACGAUUGUCGGGGCAGGAAGUUCAGCAAUGCUCUUUAACUUCUCUUCAGAACAACUCAUUCAACAAAAAGCACGGCGCAGUCAAAAGGGCAUUUCAGCACGGAGAUACCGUCUACGUAAAGGCACAUCGAGCGAAUUCAUGGCAGUGGCAACCAGCAACCGUGAUCGAGAAAAUCGGAACCGUGAACUACAAUGUCUUCCUGGAGGAUCAACAUCGCCUGAUACGGUCACAUGCAAACCAACUCAACGCUCGAGUUCCUGAACCCAGUACAGUAGGUAACCCAACACCGCUUUCAGUAUUUUUCGAUGGUUUCGGAUUAACGGCUCCAAAAGCUCUCAAUGUUCCUGUUGACAACCCAGACUCACAGAUGUUAGAAGAACCCGUGUUGGACGAGUCCAAUGAAGCUAGCCUGACAAAUGAUUCUUCAGAAGAUGAAGUUGUGGGAAAUGAAGAAUCCGUACCUGUACAAUCAACAACACCAAUCCUAGAGAGAGGUCGACGAAUGAUUCAACUUCCAGCCCGGUUCAAGCCCUACUGGAUGAUGAAACCUUGA